AUGACUUGUGUAUUGUCAGCUGUAGCCUCAUUUUCAGCUGUGUGCUGUUGAACACUGACAUGGACAACUGGGCCCAGACAACUAAAGUCACUUACAAGCGGUGGAACAAUCCUGAACAGGGGGAUGAGACUAAUUCUGUGGGUCAAACUGAUGAAUGUCACGGAGCAGAUAAUGACAUCUGCACAAUAACCUCAGCCAAGGUGGAAUCUGGGGACAGGCAGUCCGCAAACAGCUCUGGUACUAAUAAAACUGGAGAAACCUUUACAGUUGACGAUGCUCUGGAGACCAUUGGAUUUGGAGUGUUUCAAUGGAAAAUCUCACUCCUCACAGGACUAGCAUGGAUUGGAGAUGCCAUGGAGAUGAUGAUCCUCAGCAUCCUGGGCCCCCAGCUGCACUGCGAGUGGAGGCUCCCUAGCUAUCAAGUGGCACUCAUAACAUCGGCGGUCUUUAUUGGGAUGGGGUUCAGCUCGCCUGUAUGGGGGAAUGUGUCUGACAAGUACGGCAGAAAAAUAGGUCUGACGGCUUGUAUGUGUUGGACUAUGUUCUACGGCCUGCUGAGUGCCUUUUCACCCGUUUACGGCUGGCUCUUGUUCCUGCGGGGCCUCGUAGGCUUUGGCAUUGGUGGAGCUCCUCAGUCGGUGACGCUGUAUUCGGAGUUCCUUCCAAUGAAGGCGAGAGGCAUCUGCAUCAUGCUCAUUUCUGCUUUCUGGGCUAUCGGUGCUGUGCUUGAAGUCCUCCUGGCUUUGUGGAUAAUGCCCACUCUUGGCUGGAGGUGGCUGCUCGGCCUAUCCACCAUACCAGUGACUAUUUUUGUGUCUCUCUGCUUUUGGCUGCCUGAAAGUCCUCGCUUUGAUGUGCUGACAGGAAAAAGGGAACGGGCCAUGGCAACUUUACUACGAAUCUCUAAAGACAAUGGCAAAGUUAUGCCCCGGGGGACAAUAAUUGAUUAUAAACAGAAUGACCGUGGACAGAUCAAAGAUCUCUUCUCUCCACCAUACAGGAGGACAACUCUUCUUCUGUGGUUUAUAUGGUUUGCAAAUGCUUUUUCUUACUACGGGAUUGUGCUGUUGACAACUGAACUGUUCCAAGCAGGAGAUUCAUGCGGUGUGACCCAAGGAGCCAAGAUUGAGCCAAGCUGCAGCCUUGAAUGUAAAUAUUUAACAUCAGAGGACUACAAGGAUCUUUUAUGGACAACAUUGGCUGAAUUUCCUGGUCUUUUCAUCAUUGUUGUGGCUGUUGAAUAUAUUGGCAGGAAGAAAAGCAUGGCACUGUCCUUCUUCAUGUUUUCUUUGUUCACACUACCGUUGUUUGCUUGUAUUGGGAGGAUCGCUCUUACCAUCGUCAUCUUUGUCUCCAGAGCCUUCAUCUCUGGAGGAUACCAAGUUGUUUUUGUUUACACACCAGAAGUGUUCCCUACAGAAACCAGAGCUGUAGCAAUGGGGACUUCCAGUGCAAUGGCCAAGAUUGGUGCUCUAAUCACACCUUUUGUGGCACAGGUGUUGCUCAGGACGUCUGUGUAUUUGACCCUGUCCGUGUACUGUGGCUGUUGUCUGCUUGCUGGAAUUGCAUCUUUGCUCCUGCCUGUUGAGACCCUGGGCAGGGUUCUGCAAGAGUCUACUCUUGAUCAGGAGGCUGAAGGGCAGACAACCAACACAACCAGACAGACAUAUGGUACCUCAAACUCCAUGGGACAGACAUAACCAGGAAGACAAGUCAAAGAUAUUUUUUUACACCUUCCAGACUCCUGAAGAAGCUGUGUUUAUUUGUUUAAUGAUGGGUUAAAUCAUCUGAAUGAUCAUUACAGGUUGGGAGUAAUAAAUGAGGGCCUACUUCUCAUGUCUAAUAAGAGCUGAAGUACGUUUGUUACUGGACUGAUUUGUUUACCUGCUCUUUAUUUGGGCGUUUAGAGGCAAAAGAAGGGCAUUUUCAGAAAAGCAUUUUGUACUGUGCAGAUACAUUUUAAACCUCAAGAAACUGAGAAUUUUAUUUUAUAUGUGUUGAUUUCUUUAUUUUUUUAAUAUAAAGCCAUGUGCUUUUACUGAUUAUUUUCUCUCUUUUUUUUGUGAACUUCCCAAUUCAUACCUUCUACAUUAGCUUAUUCAACUCUUCCAUAUCACCUGGGACCUUGUAAAAUCUUAAAUAUCUUUUCUGUCAUCACGGGUUGCUCAUUUUUCACUGGAAUGGAUCGAAUUUGGUGCAAAACAUCCAUAAAGCCAUGAAUGCAAAUUUCAAUGCCUAAAAUUAUUCUUUUUUAAAAUUUAUCAUAUAUGAAAAACCUUUUUU